UUCGGCUUGGCUCCUGCUGUCAGCAGCUGUCUGGGGCAAGAUCUUUCUGCUCCCUGCUCCUCAGUGCAGCCUCCAGCCUCUCAGCCUUCCAGCCAGCAGCAGAGCUCAUUAGGAAAGUCCCCUUCCCUGGAUUUUCAGCCACUUGGUGGCCUGAAAAGAGUUAAUACCUACUCUUGGCUGGGGGGCAGAGCAGCUGCUGUGGGCUGGGAGAGAGACUUCUCCCUGAGCUGCAGCCAAAGGAGCUGCAGGUUAGUGAGGCCGAAAGGAGGAAGGCGCAGGAUGCAUGCCAGGUCAGCUCUGCUUGGGGGCAUCUCCUGUGUCCUGCCAAUGAGGAUGGGCGUGCAGACUGUGCCUGGGAGCUGAGCCGCCGCCUGCUGGGUGUAGGCUGCUUCAGUAUUUACUGGAUGUGACAAGCAGAGAGAAGAGCUUUUGGGGCCGCUUGCUGCCUGGCUCAAGUGGUGGGAGAGCUCCUUAACCCGGAGGAGCAAGCAUCUCUGACCAUCUACCUGGCAAAGACCUGCAGGCCAUGAGGACCAGUCAACGACAGUGAGAGGACGUGAGAGGGUAAAUCCCUGCACCCAGCAGUAUUAUUUCCAACCCUGCCGUCCCUGCAAACCAGCCCAAGGGGUAACCGUAAGCGGAUGCCUGUAUGGCUGCCUUACUGAUGCCACGCAGGAACAAAGGCAUGAGGACUCGACUGGGGUGCCUGUCACACAAAUCAGACUCCUGCAGUGACUUCACUGCCAUCCUCCCUGACAAACCCAACCGUGCUCUCAAGAGACUCUCCACGGAAGAAGCAACGAGGUGGGCGGAGUCUUUCGAUGUGCUUCUCUCUCAUAAGUAUGGGGUGGCAGCCUUCCGUGCCUUCUUGAAGACGGAGUUCAGCGAGGAGAACCUGGAGUUCUGGCUGGCCUGCGAGGAGUUCAAGAAGACCAGGUCAACUGCAAAGCUAGUCACCAAGGCCCACAGGAUCUUUGAGGAGUUUGUGGAUGUGCAGGCUCCACGGGAGGUGAAUAUCGAUUUCCAGACCCGAGAGGCCACGAGGAAGAACAUGCAAGAGCCAUCCCUGACUUGUUUUGAUCAAGCUCAGGGAAAAGUCCACAGCCUCAUGGAGAAAGACUCCUACCCUAGGUUCCUGAGGUCCAAAAUGUACUUAGAUCUGCUGUCCCAGAGCCAGAGGAGGCUCAGCUAGACCUCGGAGGGGGACUCUUGGAAGUCACUGGCUUUCCUUUCCCCUUGCUGCCAAGACCAUAUUCUGAAGUGAAAUGUCAUAGAUGUCCAAAGGCGCUGGGGUUUGGGGUAGAAGGCUGGGGGCGGUGACAAGGGAAUGAAGGGCUUUUCCAAAGUAUGACCGAGCUGAUGGAGCUGGGACUCUAUUCCUUCUACCCAGAUUUGUGUUUUGGUUAGAGGCAGCACCGCUGCUAUCACCCUUCUCUGGGUGGGCCAGUAACUGGCCCUUUAUAAUGCCUUCGGUCAUCUCUAUCGAGAAGGCAGAUUCACUGUGCCGGGCUAAUUUGUAAAUAACGCAAAUGCAGCUCCCGUGACCUACACACCACACCCUCCUCAGCAGGAUUCCUGGCCUUCACCUUGUCCUUUCCUCAAGGGAGGAUUAGCUAGAUGCCUCAGUUUCUCAGUUCUGCUGCACUGUUACAACCCAGUGGCCCAGCCUGAGUAACUGGACCUCACAGUGUAGAAGAGAGGUCUUUUUGGAAUUCCAUUUCCCUAGCAUCAUUGACAGGUGACCUCUGACAAAGGAUAUAUAAUCCCUGGAGUUGGCUGUGUCUUCCAUUUCCACGGGACCAAUAGGGAGUCUGAGGUCCCCUUUCAGUCUAAGGAAUUCAUUGAACUUCCUUACAUUUGAAAUUCUAGAAAGGGUCUUGGGAGAUUUCUCCCAGGACUUCUGAGCAGAGCUGUCCUUUUGAAAGAUAAGAGUUUGUGAAUCUUCUUCAAUUCUAUUAAGAACUUUCCUAGAAGCCGAGUGACCAGGGAAUGUAGCAUCAGUAGUUUUGUGCAAUGAGGCUCCGUAUGACCUGUCUGUUGCCUAAUGUAUUCCAUGUCCUCACUUUCCUGUGGCAUCACAUAGCACUGAUCUCUUAGGAUGAAAGAUGGCUUGGCAAAGGGAGGUACAUUCCCAUAGCAUGACAGCUUCCCUAGUGCCUGUUGCUUUCCCUGUCUCUCCACCUCCUUCUUCCAUGAAGGGCAUGUAACUAUGAUGGGAAGACUGAGAACCUAGCCUGAGACUCUCAUUGCAGCUUGCUUCCUGGACAUACCUUCUUAGAAUGGGUCCACUUUUGGCUGUUGAGAAAUAGCUCCCUUCUUGGUCUCUAGCCUUUGGGACUGACCUGGGAAGAUCACUGUGAAUACCAGGCUGCGGAAACUCUCCUGCAAUGUUUAUGCGGUACCCUGGUGGGGUGCUGGCUCCUGGAAACACACCAGGAUACUCUUUCUUGGAGGAGGCACGAACAUCCUGGAGUCUCUGAAGUUACCCAGGAGAAAGCUGACCCUGCCAUCUCCUACAGGGACAGAAAGAUGAAUCUUCAGCACAGAGAGCAGAAGAUGGAAGAUGAACCUAGAAGCUGCGACCUCUGGGUGACCUGAGAAUGUGGUGAAGGCACUGCUGUGAUAAUUCACAACCAGUCAACUCGGGCCCAUUGAAGAGCCAUAAACUUUCAGCUUGGGUGAAUGAAAUAGUCUGUGACCAAGCUGCCCUAGAAAGCAGGAGGUGAAAGGCUGGGCUGAUACUCCCCUUUGUGGAGUGCUAGCCCUUCUAAGACAUCCUAGGGUUUGUAUUCUGCUCUUGGAGAAUUAGUUCCUUCCUUGGUUGUAGCCAGACAAGGCCAAGAAGGCCCCAUGAGUCCGUAUUAGUGCCAACUGCCCUUCCAAGUGGCACACUGUCAUCUGUGAGUGGGUGUUAGUGUCUGGGUGUGAACCUCAAAGAGAGAGAACAUCUACUUCCUAGGCCUCACACUGAAGGGACCUGGGGCAGUCAUUUAAAAAGAACUCUGAAGCUUCAAAUGGUGAUCCUAGUCAGAGCACAUAGAUUUCCCUACCCUGACAUAAAAAUAUUCUUAGCUAAAGCUGCCAGAAUUAAUGUAAUGAUUAAAUUCUCUCACAGGGUAUUUUAAACAUUGUUUACAUAUGAAAUGUGCAUCUGCUGCCAAAUGCUACUGUCCAAUAUGCGGUGCAUAUACACUGGACCUGCAGUGAUGGAAUCAUCCCAGAUGGGUCUUCUCAACACUGGCCCCAUCCCAAUGCAAAACGGCUCCACGCGUGUGGUGUGGCACCCUCCUUUGGGGCCUAGAGUUCUUGCAAGCUCUUGGUGGGAUGAAGGCUGUAGAUGAUGAUGUCAUGCACCCUGGUGACUCCUUUCCAAAUUGGGGGGGGGGGUCACGGAGAGUAGGUAUGAAGGACCAAGUUUGAGUAUUCUGAAUUUUGUAGCUAGAUAAGUUUGUGUGUGUGUCAUAGUCCCAUUUAUGGUACUCCCAUGUGUCCACACAUACAUCUUGUGUGUGUGUGUGUGUGUGUGUGUGUGUGUGUUUGUGUUUCGUUGUGAGUUGUGAGUCUUGGGCAGUACACCACAGACAUGAUCUUCCCAUGUGAGUAGCUUUUCACAUACCCUAUCUCCCCUGCUUCUUCUAGAAAGCACAGCGUUUCUAUCCCCGAUACCUCCUCUUAAGCACUUUGGUCAUGCUAGCCCAGGUUUUGGUCUGUGAUGAGACAGAGAAAUGUUUACAACAUCUAGAGCAAUAUCCAAGCAUACCUCAUCUCCGAGCUUCCACGUCUCCCAGCCCCCUCCCCUCAUCUCCUCCUCUACGAGCCUCAUCUGCCUCACUGGGUUGUCAUCACAGAUGCCACCAUUUCCAUUUGAUGUCUUCCUUUGCUCCAGUCAUGCGAGUGUGCUGACGACUGGCUCUGGACUCAGGCCAGCCCAGGCAGUAGGACACCGUGCUGUGACUUUCCAUCCCAGAGAGACCUGUUGGUCCCACCGGAGUGUUGACUUGCUUUGGGUCUGGUGUGUGGUUGGCCGUUGCUCUUGUGGACUAACUAGAUCUCAGUCACUGACUACUCGAGCGUUCUGGGUUGAAGGGGGGAGUGAUACCCUGAAGUAGUAUUUAUUAUUAAGCAUGAGCAUGAAGAAUAGGGGGUCACCUUGAAAGCCCCUCACAAACGCUAACCCCCAGCUUCCACACCCGGAGGAGGUGCUGAUCCUAUAGACCUAAGCAAGAGGCCCAUAAAGCAACAUUGAACAAAAGAAAGAAGCUCCUGGAUGUGUAAUGGCCUGCAGGCACUGGACAGAGAUGGCCCAAGACAGUGGGUCUCAGCCUCGCUGCUCACUAGGCUUACCAGGGGAGCAUUAAGAAACAACAUCAUCAUCAUCAACAACAAAAAACUUAAGUGUUCAGUUUCUACCAUAGAGUAGCUAAAUCGGAGAGGCUCGGAGGGAGCCAGGUGGCAGUAGUUUUUAAUGUCUUGCUAGCGAUUCCAAUGUGCAGAUGUGGACAGGAAACGGCAGCCUAAGCAAUGAAGAGGAACGGAACUGAGUAAAACAGGGCCCGGCAGCCCACCUGGAUGCCAAAAGCACAAUAACCAGGCCGCCCUGCCCACUCUGCAGCUGGCUCUCACGGUGGUUGCCUCCUGCCUUUCAGUCUGACUGGCUCCUUUGAGGUCAUGUUUGGGUUCAGGCUAAAUGCGAUAGUUGGUAGUAGGUCCGCCAAGGUUGGGGACAUCAAGGCACUUAAUGGAGAACUGUUUUGCCCUGCUUCCCCGGCCUCUACCACAGCGCUUCCUCCCCAGCCUGCAUCAUGGACUCCAUCUCCGUUUGUCUUCAUAUACUCUUGUGUUUGGCCAUUGUGUGUCAGGCUGUGCCUCUGUACCCAAGGUCAUGCAGUAGGGUGACUAGAACAUAGCUAGGGAGUGAAAAGUGUCUUGGUAGUGACAGUCGUGAUGCAACAGCUUCCAAAUUUCUCUGUGGAGGGUGGCCCUUCCUGGAUGAAAUCUGGGAGGCUACAGUGUGACUCAGACUCCUGCUGUAAGCCCUCAUCAUUUUCUUUGGCCCUGUGCUGGAUAGGCAGCAAGGAAGCUGCAAGCUGGCUCUGUUUUCUGGUGCUUUCUCCAGAACUUGCUGCUCUGAGAAACCAAAGCUGUGAACAGGCGAAUGCUCUCCCAGGUGUUUGUCAUGGAUGGGCCCGCACCGCCUGGACAGUAGAGAAGCUUUCUCUGCUGGAAGGAGAAGGCAUGAGAACCGGGGAAAGGUGGACAAGGUGGAGGGAGCCUGAGGAGGAAGGGGCAAGGCAGGAGAGACUCCCCAGUUGCUUCUCCAUUUCCCAGAGGGAAAGGGGGAGGGGGCACAUUCAUAGGCAGGAUGGCCUUCUAGCAAGAACCCCAGAAGUCCGUAGAGCCUGCAGAGGAACUGUGGUUUUCUACCCUUGCCUUCAGUCUGUCAAGUGUCAGCUUUCCUGAGGUCCAUCCCCUUCCAGUUAAAACAGGAGAGGUGGUACCAAUACUCCUGGCGCUGGGCGUCUGUGCCACUGUGUCACUUGGCAUGAGACAAGGAGGGAGAAGCGAAGAGGAGAGAUGGCUUUCUGUCCCUGUGGCUUCUCAAAGACUCUACAGGAUGCCGUAGGGGCACAAUGGGAUACGUCAGGAUGGGACUCCGGGCCUCGCCAGGUUUUGGGUUUGGGGUCCUCUCAAUAAACUGUUUAUUUCUUGAACUUAACCCCUCUGCUCCUUCCCCUCUGCCAGGUUACAAGGCGAGUAGGCCCUACAUAGGCCCCAACCACAGUAGCCUUAGCUGGUCACUCACGGAGCACAACGCAGCUCAUCUGCCCUAUAAACCGCUUGGCCGACGAAUCCUCAUUGAGUUCUUUCAUUACCAUGUAAAGUGAAAUACACUCACUCACCUUUACUAUACACAGGCUGUGAGAACAUAAUAAACAAAACCUGAACAAGCUGCC